UCAGUCACUGUGGCUAGAGGCAGACUGCGCCGUAUCCGGGGAGAUGCCGCUGUACGAGGGCCUGGGCACCGGGGGCGAGAAAACCGCAGUUGUUAUUGAUUUAGGAGAAGCGUUUACGAAAUGUGGAUUUGCCGGUGAAAAUGGACCACGGUGCAUUAUACGCAGUGAGAUAAAGAAACCAGGGAUUCCCAAGCCCAUUAAAGUUGUCCAGUACAGUAUCAACACAGAAGAACUUUAUUCAUACCUGGUAGAAUUUAUUCAUAUGCUUUAUUUUAGGCAUCUUUUGGUGAACCCCAGGGAUCGUCGUGUAGUCUUAAUAGAAUCUGUUCUGUCUCCAUCUCCCUUCAGAGAAACACUCGCACGGGUGCUUUUCAAGCACUUUGAAGUCCCCUCUGUGCUGUUUGCGCCGGGGCAUUUGAUGUCUCUCCUGACACUUGGAGUCAAUUCAGCCUUGGUCUUGGACUGUGGAUAUAAAGAAAGCUUAGUGCUCCCCAUAUAUGAGGGUAUACCUAUCCUCAGUUGCUGGGGUGCCCUGCCAUUGGGCGGAAAAGCCAUUCACAAAGAACUGGAAGCAAACUUGUUGGAACAAUGCACUGCUGACACCGGGACAGCCAAGGAUCAGAGCUUACCAUCUGUAAUGAACAGUGUACCAGAAGAUAUCGUGGAAGACAUUAAAGUGCGUGUUUGCUUUGUAAGUGAUCUUCAGCGAGGAAUGAAAAUCCAGGCUGCUAAAUUCAACAUUGAUGGUAGUGAUGAGCGUCCCACUCCUCCUCCUGACGUGGACUAUCCUCUGGAUGGACAAAAGAUUUUACAUGUUAAAGGCUCUAUCAGAGAUUCCGUUGCAGAAUUACUGUUCGAACAGGAUAACGAAGAGAAGUCUGUUGCCACGUUAAUACUGGACUCCCUUGUACAGUGCCCUAUUGAUACAAGAAAACAGCUUGCGGAAAACCUAGUGGUUAUUGGCGGCACAGCCAUGCUUCCUGGAUUCCUCCACAGAUUAAUGGCGGAGAUAAGAUACUUGGUUGAGAAGCCGAAAUAUAAAGAAUCCCUUGCUACCAAGACCUUCAAGGUCCAUACUCCUCCUGCAAAGCCGAACUAUGUUGCCUGGCUCGGAGGAGCGAUCUUCGGGGCUUUGCAAGAUAUCCUUGGUUCCCGAUCUGUGUCUAAGGACUAUUACAACCAGACCGGCCGUAUACCCGACUGGUGCUGCCUUAAUAAUCCUCCUCUGGAAAUGAUGCAUGAGAUUGGAAAGUCGGCCCCCCCGCUCAUGAAGAGAGCCUUUUCUACCGAGAAAUGAUCUCGCUUCAUGGACGCCUCUCCCCUGGUGUAUAUACGACAUGCUUUGCUUGCCAGAAAGACUGUAAUUAACUCCUGAACCUUAUUAUUUAUUACAGCCGUAACGAGUAGCAGUUGUUCAUCUUUGGAAUCAUUGCCUGGAAGGUGGGGCAUCUUACCAGAGCUGAUCAUUCUGUUUCUUCCCUAGAUAUUUAUUUCAUUUUCAAUAUCUGGAAAGUAAAACAGAGUUGUUAGCUGCCACUAUCUGAUAUUGACAUUAGUGGAUCAACCCCUCAAUACUUUUAAAAUUGAAAUAUACACGGGGAA